AUGGCAGUCAUUCAAGCCCUCCGUUUCCACGCCCAGCACGAUGUCAGAGUCGAGGAUGUAGAAGUGCAGUCUUGCGGAACGGAUGAUGUACGAGUCAAAAUCGCCUACUGUGGGAUCUGCGGCUCAGAUGCCAAAAAAACCCCCCACACUGGUGUUGAGCUGCCUGUGAUCAUGGGCCACGAGAUGUCCGGCACCAUUGUCCAGGUUGGCUCCAAUAUUACGGGGCUCAAGGUUGGCCAGAAUGUCGCCAUCAAUCCAUCGAUGGACGACAGACAUCAUGGAAAGGAAGAUUGGCGGAGAAACCUCUGCAAAAGCUGGGCGUGUUACGGGCUCAGCGCUCACGGAGGAGGAUUCGCCGAUGAGAUUGUAGUGAAGCCGUUCAGUUGCAUACCUGUUCCCGAAGGAGUAUCGCUAAAGGUUGCUGCGCUUGCAGAGCCCCUAGCCGUUGCAUCCCAUAUGAUUCGAAUCUCUGGGUUUAACCACGGCAAUGACGUGGUUGUUCUAGGCGCAGGUCCCAUAGGACUCGCUCUGCUUCUCUUGCUGAGGGCUAAGGGCGCGAGAAAAGUCAUUGUGAGCGAAGUGACCGAAUCAAGAUCUCGCCAGGCUGAGAAGUUUGGGGCCGAUUUGGUCGUCAAUCCGCUCGCAAAAAUGUCGGACGGUGCUGGCUCUGGAAAUUCAAUUGUGGACGCCGCGCACAAUAUCAUGGGAGAUGGAGCGGACAUUGUUUUUGAUGCAACAGGUAUUCAGUCGACCCUAGACACUGCCCUGUUGGUAGCCAAACCCGGUGGUGUGGUUUGCAACGUUGCAAUCCACGAAAAGCCCUUGCUCAUUAACCCAAAUAGUUUCUCAUUCAAGGAGGUCAAGCUGAUAGGCGGCAUCUGCUACACCAACGAGGAUUUUGAGGAUGUUCUCGUGGCCCUUGCGACUGGCAAGUUGGCGGUCGAGGAUAUGAUCACGUCAAUUGUGCCUCUUGAAAAGGUUGUUCAAGGCGGCUUCUUAGAGCUCAUUAAUAACAAGGCGGAGCAUGUGAAGAUUCUCAUUCAGCCCUCAAACUCUGGAGAUCUGUAG